GUCGUCCGCCUUUGUAACCCUCUCUGCUUCCUCUCUCUCUCUCUAACCACUGCCAGCCACCUCUGCGCCCGUCGCGACCACUCGCGAAUUAAUUCCCGUUCCGCCCACCUGACUAAGCCGAGGCCCCGGCGCCGCCUCCGGCCGCCGGACGCGGGAGCCAUGGCGCCGGCGGUGGGGAUCAAGCGCUCCACCACGCAGGCCGUCACGCUGCCGCCGCCCGACGCGCGGCUCGCGGUGCGCGACGUCCUGCGCUCCACGAUCCCGUCGCAGCCCGCGGAGGCGCCGCCGGCCGCGGAGAGGCCGGCGGCGCCCGCGGCGGCGGUGGAGGGGUUCCUGUGCCUGGAGGAGGUGGACGGCAGGCGGUGGAGUUACGUGGUGGACCGAGGGGCCGUGAAGGGGAGGGGUAGGGCCGGGGCGGCGAGCCCCGCGGGGGCCUCCGUCAGGGCCGUGCCGCUGCAGUCGCCGCUUCCGCCGGCCGAGGAAAUAAUGGCAUUCAUAAGAUCAUAUGUCGUACCUGAAGGGUUUCCUGACAGUGUUACUCCUUCAUAUGUCCCAUACAUGACCUGGAGGGCUUUGAAGCAUUUCUUUGGUGGAGCAAUGGGAGUAUUUACAACAAGAACCUUGCUGAGCUCUGUUGGAGUCUCUCAAAGCAAGUCAACACCAGGAGCCAUUGCUAUCAACUGGAUCCUCAAGGAUGGUGCUGGGCGUGUCGGAAAAAUGCUUUUUGCACGUCAAGGAAAGAAGUUUGACUACGACCUAAAGCAGCUGCGGUUUUCUAGUGAUCUCCUGCUGGAGAUAGGAGCUGGUAUUGAAUUAACUACUGCAGCAUUCCCUCAAUUUUUCUUGCCUAUGGCUUGCGUAGCAAAUGUCGUGAAGAAUGUCGCUGCUGUUACAUCAACCUCAACGCGCACUCCAAUCUAUAAGGCCUAUGCAAGAGGAGAAAACAUUGGUGAUGUCACUGCUAAAGGCGAAUCUGUCGGUAACAUUGCAGAUCUGUUGGGUACUGGUCUGAGCAUCUUUAUCUCAAAAAGGAACCCAUCAUUGGUGACUUCGUUUGCCUUUCUGUCCUGUGGAUACCUCCUGAGUUCAUAUCAUGAGGUGAGAUCUGUCGUGCUGAAUACCCUAAACAGGGCAAGGUUUACGGUUGCAGUGGAUUCCUUCAUUAAAACUGGUCACAUUCCCUCCUUGAAGGAAGGAAAUUCACAGGAGACGAUAUUUAAUCCACCUUGGCGGCACGAGCCAGUUGCAAUAGGUUCACGAUUUGGAGAAGCAUUUCAAGAGCCUGCUUCAUUUGUUGCCAUAAGGCCUCUGUUUGAGGAUGAGAGAUACAUGGUAACAUAUAACCCGACAAAGGAUAAAGUAUAUGCUUUGCUCAAGGACCAAGCAAAAUCAGACGACAUUAUCAAAGCUGCUUUCCAUGCUCAUGUGCUACUGCAUUUUAUAAAUGCAUCACAUGCACGGAGGCUGAAGCAGAAGCAGAAGCAGAAGCAGGCAAACCCCGACCGAUCAGACUAUGGAAACCUGUACUCAAGAAACAUGGAUUUCCUGGCACACAUCGCUGAAUCUUGCAAAAUCGUUUCAUCAUCAUAUGGAACCUUCAAGAAGAAAGCAAGAGAACAGGGUUGGAUAAUGUCCGAAUCACUGCUCAACCCUGGAAAGGCUCGAUUAUGUGGGGCAAAACCACUAUGAGUCUACUAUCCUUCUGUUUAAUAUCGAGGGGAUGAUAUCGUCUCUAGUUUGUCAGUUUGUGAGACUAACUUUUCUGACAACGCGGGAUGCUCAGCUGUUAGAAGCUGAACUAACAUAUGUUGGCGCCCGGCACUAGGUUUGAAUCAGUGGACCUUCAGUCGCAACUCCCAAGCUUCCAAAUUGCAGGGAGAGCAAGAGUUAUGUGAUAUGAAGAAUACCUGAACGAAGAUGAAUUUUCAUGGAGGGGAGAGGUGGUGCGCUGGUUCGCGUGCUGAGUAAAGGGGUCAACGAGAGGGGGGCUUGAAUUUAUGUUUGCUGAUGUAUAAGAUAUGGUGUAGCCAUCCUGCUGUAACCUGUUUUGCGUGCUGGUCGGCUGCGGAGCUUCUUGUUUCAGUGUCCUUAGAGUUUCUUUUCUUUUUUUUUUUUGCGGAAAAAGAGUGCUUAUAGUAAAUUCCAGUUUCAGUGAGUUAUCAGUUUAUCACUCAUGCCGUCGACGACGGUCUCCACCUUGUACAUACAUGCUCGGUAAUAACUGCAAGCCUUCUUUGUGUUA